AUGGAUGUUCCGAUGCCGCCACAUCUCUUGCGCACAGCAUCAGACCCUCAACAGCCACGAUUAGAGUCCUUUGCACAGGCACUCAUUGGCAGCAAUCCCACACGUCCAAAGCUCACGUCGAAUCCGGUGAAAAAGGAGAUCUAUUACCGUGGAAAUUGUCUUUGUUUUAACGACAAAAGAAUCAAUACAGUCCCGAAGAGCGGAACGGCCGUCCAACUCCCCCAAACACAAGGGUGGGAGGAGACCGUCCAGGUCUCUCAUAGAGCAGGUUGGGAGGUGCUCUCAGCCUGUCGUAACAACGAAACAAAACUCCAUACCGGAAGAUCAAACCCUUCUUCCUAG